AUGUUUACCAACAGCAUCCUCGCCGUCUCCGGCGCCCUCCUCUCUGUGGUCGCAGCUGUGCCAAUGGCCGGCGAGCACCAUCAGCACCACCAACACCAUGCGCGCGACUAUGUCUGGGAGACGAAGGUCCAGGAGGUCGUCGUCACCGUGCCAGUGACGAAGACUGUUUGGGUCGAGCCCGGCGAGGCCGUCCCAACUCACCAUGGAAAAGCCAGUCCUCCUCCUGCAUACGGCCAGUCAAGCUCUGCGAGCACCACUGCUCCAGCAGCUCCAGCCUACACCCCAAAGUCGAGCAGCUCUGCGCCAGCCGCACCAGCAUACACACCACAGCCAAGCAGCAGCAGCAAAGCUCCAGUCGCUCCAGCCUAUACUCCACUAGCCAGCACAAGCACAUCUGUUUACGUUGCUCCAACUCCAAGCACGACUGCUCCAACAGCGCCAGCAUACACCGCACCCUCCAGCUCUGCCCCAGCCGCCCCAGCCUACACUGCCCCAUCAUCUGGCUCUGGCUCUGGCUCAUCGGGCAGCAACGGCCUCACCGGCAUGGCCGCUUCUGGCACCGAGUACACGGGCGACCUGACCUACUACGCCGUCGGCCUCGGCGCAUGCGGUAUUACCAGCACUGAAGAUGAGAAGAUCGUCGCCAUCUCCGAGAAGAUCUUCGACGCCUACAACAACGGCAACCCCAACCUGAACCCACUCUGCGGCAAGUUCGUCACCAUCACUGGAAACGACGGCUCCGAGUACAAAGCUAAGAUCGUCGACCGAUGCCCAGGCUGUGAUGAGGGAUCCCUCGACCUCCCCCAGUCCUUCUUCAACACCUGCACGAGCAACGGUGAUGGUCGCGUCAGCGGCAUGAAGUGGAAGUUCGACUAA